AUGACUUCAAAUGUCCAAGAAGUAUCCGGUAGGUUCUUCGACUACAUUGUGGUUGGAGGAGGCACUGGCAGCUACCCCCUAGCUGCAACCUUGUCUGAGAAAUUCUCAGUGCUGUUGGUGGAACGAGGUGGCUCGCCUUACGGAGACCCCUUCAUCUUAGAGGAGAAAGUUAAAACACCAGUUGAAAAUUCCUUGAGGAAUGCAAAGCUCUCCUUCAAAGACCUAGAUGAGGUAAUACUUGUUGGUGGUUCAACACGUAUACCUGCUGUUCAAGAGCUUGUCAGGAAGUUGACGGGGAAGGAACCAAAUGUUACAGUCAAUCCUGAUGAAGUUGUUGCCCUUGGUGCUGCAGUUCAGGCUGGUGUAUUAGCUGGAGAUGUAAGCGACAUUGUAUUGUUGGAUGUGACACCACUGUCACUGGGUUUGGAGACCCUUGGUGGUGUCAUGACAAAGAUCAUCCCAAGAAACACCACUCUACCUACCUCUAAGUCAGAGGUAUUCUCAAUGGCUGCGGAUGGGCAGACAAGUGUAGAGAUCAAUGUUCUUCAAGGGGAGAGAGAAUUUGUUAGAGAUAACAAAUCUCUUGGUAGCUUCUGUCUAGAUGGUAUUCCGCCUGCACCACGUGGGGUUCCUCAAAUUGAAGUGAAGUUUGACAUUGAUGCCAAUGGUAUACUCUCCGUCGCUGCUAUUGACAAGGGCACAAACAAACAUCAGGAUAUUACCAUUACUGGUGCUAGCACCCUGCCUAAUGAUGAGUGUUGA